AUGGUGCAUACCUAUAGGUCAGGGAACGACUCGCAGAUGACGGACACGCUCACUGAUCUGGAGGACUUUCCUCAGAAGGGCCUCGUCGCGCCCCGAUAUAUGGGGACAUUGGCUGACCAGAAGGAUAUGAGUGCGCUUGGACGAGUCCAGGUUCUGCGAGGCAAGUUCUUGGCGGUAGAUGCGCAUACUUAUCACGCGAACAGAUUAUUAGCUGCCGGCUUGACCGAUGGCGGAACUGCUGGUCUCAUAUGGGGCUUUGUUGGUGUCUCCAUCGGCUUCACCUUGGUAUAUGCCAGCAUUUCCGAGAUGGCCUCGAUGGCUCCCACUGCCGGUGGACAGUAUCACUGGGUAUCUGAAUUUGCACCAAGAACGGGACAAAAGUUCCUUAGUUAUAUCACAGGAUGGCUUUCUGCAAUGGGAUGGCAAUGUGCAAUUGUUUCGAUCGCUUAUCUCGCAGGGACUAUUAUCCAAGGUCUUAUCGUGCUGAAUCAACCGGAAUACGAUUUUCAGCGAUGGCAUGGAACAAUGCUGGUGAUUGCAAUCUCGACUUUCUCGAUUCUAUUCAACACCUUCCUCGCCAAGAACCUCCCGUUCGUUGAAGGGUUGAUUCUAAUCAUCCAUGUUAUCGGCCUAUUUGCGAUUAUUAUCCCACUAUGGGUGCUUGCGCCGCGCAAUAAUGCUCAUGCUGUGUUUACUACUUUUCACAACGGAGGUGGUUGGCGCGAUGCCGGGACAGCGACCUUCGUUGGUCUUUCUACCACCAUCACCUCGAUGCUCGGCUACGACUGUUCUGUGCAUAUGUCCGAAGAAAUUAAAGAUGCGUCGGAAACACUACCUAGGGCCAUGAUGUCCUCUGUCGCGGUAAACGGCGUCUUGGGAUUUAUUAUGUUGGUGACACUCUGCUUCACCUUGGGCGAAGUAGAUGCGGUCCUUGAAAGCCCAACAGAAUUUCCCUUUAUUCAAAUCUUCUAUAACACGACUGGCAGUCUCGCCGCGACAAAUGCAAUGACUGCAGUACUGGUGGUAACACUCACCGCAAGCACGAUUACCGAAGUCGCGACCGCAUCGCGACAACUCUGGUCCUUUGCCCGUGACGAAGGACUCCCAUUUUCGUCUUUCUUUGCAUACGUUACACCAGGAUGGAACAUCCCUCUGAACUCGGUGAUGGUAUCGUUGGGGGUGACCAUUUUGCUCUCGCUCAUCAACAUCGGCUCCGAGGUAGCUCUCAAUGCGGUUAUUUCGCUGACAAUCACUUCGCUUCUGUCUGCAUACAUUAUCUCGAUCGGUUGCGUGCUUCUCAAGCGCCUUCGGGGUGAAUCGCUUCCGCCUCACCGCUGGACACUCGGUCGAUUUGGUCUGGCGGUCAACGUGGGAGCACUAGCCUUUCUUUUGCCAGUAUUUGUUUUUGCCUUCUUCCCCUUGUCGACGCCGGUCACUCGUGAAACUAUGAAUUGGGGUGUCGUCAUGUACGUUGGCGUCAUCGGAUCGGCGUCUCUAUAUUAUUGGGCUAGAGGGCGGCAUCAUUUCAUUCCGCCCGUGGCUUUGGUAAAGAGAGAAGGCACUUUCUGA